AAGUCAAAGUGGUAUUGACUUUGUUGGCAGCGCCAAGAACAGAACAAAAGCAAAUCUAGCAUCCUUCGGCGUGGCGUCCAGAAGGACAGCAUGCUCGGCGCACAUGCCAAAGGUGACAGCCUUCGAACUCCUUUUCGGUCAAACGACAGGAUUGCGGGUUCUUGUAUCCAGGGGGAAUUGCGAGUCUAUUUUGUCCAUCUUCUUCACUCCUCUUCCUCGCACUUACGAUGAACAUCGCGACGCCGUCAUUCAGUCCAUCACGGACACAGCAAAGGAUGUUCUACCGCCAGCUCUCUCGCACGACAACUGGCAUCCUACCGACUUGGGCAACGUAAAGGCCAAAUACGCCUUCGCAACCUUCCUCGCCGGAAACGCUGCCCCCGACGAGAACUGGGAGAACGACCACUACUUUGUUGCGACCCGCAUCCUCGCAUACCAGUUGCUACAUGCACCCGAGACAUCCUCUCGCGACAAGUCGAUCCCCUUCGUUGUGCUGGUCACCGAGAAUGUUUCGGAAGAAAAGAGACAGAGAUUGCGCAAGGAUGGAGCGGUUGUCGUGGUCGCAGACUUUAUCAAGGCCGACUGGGUCAAGACCGAGACUAGCACGUGGCAGGACGUCAUGACAAAGCUACGUCUGUGGGAGCUGACGCAAUUCGAGCGCAUCUGCUUCCUCGACGGCGACACUGUCUUGGUCGAGCCUCUGGACGCCAUCUUCGACGAUGAAGCAGUAAAGACUCGUGGCACUUUGACCCAGCCCGCUGCGACAAAGUCGGAUGAAGGAGUCAUGCCCCUGGAGUACAACUUCGCCGGUGUGCCCGAGAUGAUGCGCGAACACGGCUAUCCUCCAACCAACGAGCACCACGACUACCCCAACGUCGGCUACCUCAAUGCCGGCUUCUUCGUUUUCCAGCCCUCGCGCGAGAUGUUCGAUUACUACAUGUCGCUACUCAAGCUGAACGGCCGCUUCGAUCCUCAAUUCCCGGAGCAAAACCUGUUGAACUACGCCCAUCGCCAGGACGGCAACAUGCCCUGGACCCAACUCGGCAACGAGUGGAACAUCCACUACCCAAAGGUCGCCGACCUUCUCGGUGGCGUUAAGAGUCUGCACGAGAAGUGGUGGAAUCCCGAAGUCAAAGACCUCAAGCCUUACAUGGAGAGCUGGCGCUGGAGAAUGGAGGGCCAUUUCGAGGCAAGAGAUCAUAUGCUCACGAAAGAGUACCAAAAGCAUGGGAUUGACCAGACAUCAUAAUUGUCAGCAUAUUAGAGAGUUCUUGGAUUUUGGCGUUUCUUGGCUGGUUUCUGUUUUCUUCACAAUAUCUUGAUUAGAGCACCGCAGGGAAGCAUAGGCGUCGACGAUGACGA